GUUCGUUGCUCGUCGCGUUCGCGUCGCUUGUCGUCGCGCCGAAACUCCGUCCGCAGGUGCAACGCAUGUGCGUUCGACACGUCUCGUAGGCGUUUCAUUUAAUACGUGAGAUACGCGCAUACGUGCACGUUUCAUAAUUAAUUACGGAGUUCGCGUUGUGCGGGUAAUUUAUUGUACGUUGAAGGUUUGUUUUCUUUUUUCUUUUUUCUCAUUGAUUUUCUUGUAUCAACGAUUCUUCGUUCGUUUUUUUUUUUUUUUUUUGGAUCGAUUGGAGAAAAAAUCAAAUUUUCACGAUCCACGCGAUAUUUGGUUCUCAGUUUUGUUGAUAUAGGAUUAUAUGCGUUUCUACCAUUGGUUUAUAUCAUCGCCUGACCGACAUCCCCGGAAUGACGUUACGCCUCGAUGAGAUUGAUGAAACCGUUGGAGCAACGACGAUGGCUAAUGUGAUUAUGCUCGAGGCUUCGAUAUGCUUCUAAGAACACCCAACUCCAUGCCGUCCAUGCCGUGUUGGCGCAAGUGCCGAUUGACCGUGAACCGCAUGAGAUCUUGGGUUAUUCACGGUCAGGAGACGCUGCAGGAACGAAAUACGAACAUCCUGCGAAAGUCAACGAGCCGUUGACUCGUUGAAGGAAAAGGAGCGUGUUGAGGGAAGAACCUGGUGGGAAGUAAUGGAGUCGCUCGGUAUGACAAUGCGAGGGGCUGCCUGAAGGAUAGCUGUGCCAACGAAGAUCUAUAAUUAAAGAAACAUGCGCUGGUACGAAUGAAGGGCUUGGAGAAAUAGCGGUGCCGAUAACGUGACUGAAGCGAGUUUCGUCAUUGAUUUGUGGAAUAAGAUGUGCGCGUACACUGGAAAAUAAACUAACCAAGUUAUUAUCUUAUCAAGCGCUCCUAUGUUAAUCUGUCGCUGUGUCUAAGUAUUUCAAAUACACACCCACUUCACUGGCAUAAAAAAACGAGCAAAAUGUUUGGAACAAAGUUCCGUUCGUGGAUGGAAGCUCACAUAGUGCGACCGAGGAAGAAGAAGGAUCGGAAGAAAGGGGAAAAGGGUUUCGACUCGAACUGCAAUUCUCCAAGCAGCCAUAGCGGCAACAGAUCCCCAGCUCUACAUCAGGUUCAUCCGGCGGAAGCGCCGUCGAAGAACCUCGACACGAUUCACCUGCAAGCCUCGGCGUACACGACGGUCACGACGUCGUCUGGGACGUCGGCUGGAACUGGGAGCGUCCAUCUAUCGUCGCCUGAGAGCGCCUAUAGCACGGGUUACUCGACAGACGGGACUUCACCCGGGGCUAGUUACCCCCCGGAAUAUUACAUCAACAUCAGGACGGGGACCCAUUAUUUCCAGAGUAGCAAGGGCGGCAACAAAAAGCUCGGCGAGGAAACCCCCGUACCCCCGACCGACGGGGGAAACGACCAGAAAUUGAUCCGACUCACCAACGGAAUGGAGUCCAAUACCAGGGUCAACCCCAAGGAGUUUAGGGAUGCCAGGACCAGCACCCCGAACAAGAUCUCCGAACACAACGUUUCGCAAACGAUUCACGCGACGGUUCAGCGACAACAUCAGCCUGUCCAGCAGAAGCCCCAAGCUCACAGAAGGACGGAGUCCUGCUCCGUGGACGCAUUGCGGAUUUCGAAUUUCCUCCCGGUUCCGACUUCCAUGCCCCCGCCGCUGGUCCCCUCGCCUCCGCUCCAGUCUCCCAGACAGCGUUCCCGCAUCCGGACGAACCCGUGGCUCUCGGCCAAUUCCUCGGGCUCGAGUACGACGGGGGUUAAAUCCCGACUCACCGUUGGCGAAUCGAGCAGCAGCUCGGGUCUGAAGCUGACGGAAUCUUCGGGCAGCGCAAGCGACGUGAACGUGAACAUAAACGUUGUGAGAAAUUCCGAAUUUCGUCCUGGGAGCCUCAGCGCCGGUCGAAGUCCGAUCAACCAAAACUGGAGGAUUUCACCGCGGAUGGAGAUCCGUUCGAAGGUUCCCAUCUCGGUGGCACGCUGCAGCAGCAGCUCGUCGGGAUCCUCGUUGACGCAAAGCGUGCGUUCGUCGGACGACGACAUAACGCUGAACGAGAUGAUGGGUAAAUACGACGAGAGUUACGUGUACGAGAAGGAGACGGACAUCCUGUCGGACAGCGAUCCGACGGACUGCGAGGACUACGUCGAUUCGUUGUCGGACAUCGACACGGGUCAGGACGGCGGCGACGAGAACGAGCCCUUCGAGAACGACGACUUCGACUUCAUCGACAACGGGUCGAUCCUCGAACUCGACAAGCUGGACUCGCACGCGGGCUUCCGGAACACGGGACACUGCACGUACUUCACCUUCAGCAGCGAGCUCAGCCGGAAGGGAACGCGGCUGCGGGAGUCGUUCCUGAGGCGAAGGACGAAGGAUGAGAGCAGCUCGCACAGAUCGAGCGUGAGGAGCGGAUCUAGGCGGCAAAGCACGCGGGGAAGAAAGACGGACGACAAGUCGGCGGAGAAGCGGAAGAAGCGGGUGUCGCAGCGUCGCAGGCAGAGCUUCGCCGAGAAGUGCGACGACGAGACGGCGAAUCUUAACCGCGUGCUGGUCGAGCGGAUGCUGCUGAAAAACUCUGGUUUCAAUCAGGGCAGCCGCAGCGUCGGUGGGACGCCGAUUUGCCUCCGGCGACGGAAGUGCGACGUGAACAAGAACCUCUCGCCCGUCAAGCUGAUACAGGACAGCGCCCUGGUGCGCUCGGUCAUCGCCGAGAACGAAGUCGCCAAGCGGCGGUCGAACUCCGUCAGCUACGUGAACGGAAACGCGGUGCGGAGCCGGCUCAUCGACGGCGCCUACAUGGCCACAUUCGCCUCGGAGAUCGCCCUGAUGGAGGCGGACAAGGAAGCGGACCGGAAGUACAAGGAGCUUAUACUCGAGGCGGAGAACAUACUGGUGAACAUGAAGAACAACUCAUCGCCGGUGGUCAUGCCGUCGCCGAGGAAGAUCCACAAUGGACUGGCCAACAAACGCGUAGAGCUUAUCAAGAACACGGAGCUGAACAUCGAGCUGGCGCUCUCCAAGAGCAGGAACUCCCAGCCCGAGCUCCAGAGCGGCAGCAUCAGGGACUUGGAGCACACGAGCCCGAAGAGACAGUUCGCUCAGCCCUGUUCCCCGAUACGCAAGUUCAUGGAGCGAAAUUCACCCGGCGGUAUUAUCGUGAAGGAGAAUUUUUACAAGCAGGACGUGCAGGUAAAGUGUCCGAGUUCACCGAUGAUGGUCAGGAAAACUCCGCAGAAUUCACCUAGCAGGAGCUUCGUCCAGGCGAACAGGCUUCAGAUCACCGAACGGGACGUUAGUCACGACGUCAAGAGUCGAGAUCUUCGGACGUUUGUCCACAACGGUGUCAACUCACCGAGACAGCUCAAGGACAAACCCAUCGCAUCUCCCUACCUAAAUGCGCAUCGGGAUUCACUGAUUCAGAAGGAAAAAUUACUCCUUGCCAAGAAGGAAGUCAGGUCUUCGAGGACCCUCAAAGACGAGGGACUGACAUCAAGCUCGUCGGAUUCCGACGAUAGGUGCGAUGUCAGGAAGAAACCACCGUUACUUACCUUCAGGUCGAUUGAUAUCGGACCGACGCGGGAGGGUUCUUCAUACUGUCCCCAAAGCGAACCAGUUAAGCGAAAAGUAUACGCGGGUAGCGUGACUUACGGGCGGAUACAAAAGUCGCUGGGGGAGCACAAUGUCGCUUUUAGAAACUCCGACGGCGACACGGCCACCGACGAUACGGAUGACUCGAAACGAUCGUUGAAAGAGAAGGUGGCCCAACUCCGACAGGAGCGAAUAGCAGCGGAGGCAAAUAUUAACGCCCAAGACACGCAGCUGUACCAGCAUCAGUUGUCUCAGCUGAGGAGACAAAAGCUGGUACAAACCAUCGAGGGUCUAAAACGAAGUUUGGAAGACCAGUCGGCAACACUGAAGCAAACUUGCCUCGAAGCUGUUCUCGACAAUGACGUGAAUUAGACGAUAUUUCUCUGCGUAAAGCGUAACCAGAGGAAAAAGAAUCUCGCUGCUUAGCAGCUGCACGAUUUUUUCGAAAUGUCAUUUAAUCGUAAGUAGCAAAUUGAAUAGCCGUACUGAAAGGAGAGCGCAAACCGCGGCGCUCGAAUGGUAAAAAUAUGCGUUGAGAAUUACAAUCGAAGCCAACAUAUCACCUCCAGUUGUUGUUAUCUGCGGCAAGUGUUCGAUUGGAGAACGUCACGUUUUUGGCAACAGAUAUCUUAUUUCUUUCUAAUAUACGAAUUAAAAGUGAAAGUUUGUAACUUAAUCAACGUGUACGUCUGAACGUUUCAAGCUAUUUCGGACGAAAACCAACGUGCCUAUUUGGUUACUUACUCCCUACUAUGUACAGCUUUACUAUUAAACAUUACGGAACAAAAUCAGUCGAUAUUCUCCGAUUAGGAACUGCAAUACAGUACGGAUGAAGUUUGCAAUGAAAGUUCCACCUCACCGCAGGAUCCAUCGAGACUUAAUGAGGAAACAAACUGUCUCAAAAACUCAUCCAACCCAAAGUGAAAUUUGAUGGGAAGGCAGAAUUUAUACUCGUAGGAAGCUCAGGACAGACUUUGAGGUGCUUAAUUGCUACUCGGGUCGCUAUAUUUAAUUCUGACGGCGAAAUACGAGGAUUAUUGCGUUGAUGAUUGAACUGUUUGAGCGGUAUUCGUUUGAUAUACAAACAUGAUUCAUGGAUCUGCUUGUACGUAUAAUAAGGCAUCUGUUAUAACGCGCUCAUAUUAAUUACGUGAAUACACAUUGAUUGAGUAUAUUUUAUAUGUACAGUUAAUUUCAUAAGUUUCAAAAAAAUUCUUUUAAUCAAGAUCUUCCUUAGAUUUCUCGUAUUUAUUCUUGAGACAAGGUUAAACUGGCCGCAGUUCCAAUCGUUUCCCAAUUCAAUAUACUGCAUUUUUAUCACACCAAUACGGGCCUAUUCGAUGAUAUUCCUUGCUCAAAUGAUACGUUAUAAAGUGCGAGAAACAAGAAAAAAAAAUCAAGUCGGGAACACACGUGUAAUAAUGAAAAGGUAAGAGAAUCCUGAAUUGUUUGAUACAAGCAAAAAGAAGGAAAAUAAGUAUUAGGCAAAUACAGUAUUGUGUAAGAUUAUGACCGGUCUAGAUUUUUCAUCUGUAGUGAAACUAUCAGCGGUAGUGGAAAUAUGCGUUUAAAAAUCGACUUAACAGCGCUGUAAUACAGCGAUAAUUCGAAAUCUCAUAGUUUAUUGUUUAUGGAUUUUAUUUAAAGCAUCGUCGAACGCACCGAUGCCGCUUUCACGUAGGUAAAACAUAAAUUCAUUAUUCGUUCUCAUAGCCACGACAGUUUAAAAAAUAAGUACGCUCAGGCGAACGAUGUUUUCGUUUAAUUUACUCCCGUGUACUUGAAAGUCAGCUGUGAAAGUUGCAAGAUGUACGCACAUGACAGCCUAGUAAGAAAUACUAUAUACCUACAGAACUGCAUAGUACGAAAUCUUUAGUACCAUGUGUAUAACAAUCAUAACAUGUUCAAGAUAACAUUUAAAAUCCUCAAAUAGAUCAAGUAUCUCCUUAAUUCAUACCAAAGAUAGAUGUGUAGACAGAAUACCUUGUGUAGUAAAAUUUAGCCAGUUAGCAAGAAAAUUAAUAACAAUUAUAAUUAUAACUGUCCCCCAUACUAGUAUCAUAGGUUAUAGUCUUGUGUGAUUAGGAUAUUCAAGGUAAUUAUUAUUAGGAAUUUUUAGCGUAGAUGUUAUAGUUGGUAAUGGUUUAUAUAUAUAUAACGUUGCGAUGGGUAAAUCCGCUUAAUUUUCGUCAAUCUCAAUCGGAUGCAACGCAAUUCUUUUAUUCGUUUCUUCAAUUAUUAUUCAUCAACAUUAAAGAUUGAAUUGUUUGCAUCGUUUGCAAAAAAAUUUAUUUCUCAUUGUUUCGCAUCAUUAACAUACCUACAACACCGUGACUGUUACUUCUGUUACUUCAAAUGAACCUUCGAUACGCUCUUGACAAGUAGUUGAUUUGUCGCGCAUUUUUUUAUCCUCAUCGCAUUACUAACCAGUAUCAUGUGGUGAACUCUGUUAAUAUUUACUUACGAAUCAACUCUUCAGGUUUCCCAGAUGCAACAAUAUGCUUUUACUCAAAGAUCUUAGGGCGAUAAUUGAUACCAUGAACUACAUACCUUAUAACACGAAAUAUGAGUAGCGAACAUAAUGAAAAUUGAACACUUUAAAAUAACGUGAAAUAAAAAUGAUAACACGUACGUAAAUGUAGCGUAAAAUCUGACUGAGCCAAGUUGUACUAAUCGGUAUUAAUCGCAUGUAGUAAUGAAACCGAAAUCAUAAAUCAGGCUUGUCAUGAAAAACAUACGAUGUAACGAACGUACUAUUGGAGUUAUGAUACAUCGGUAUGUUAUACAUGUACAUCUCACUUAAUUUAUUAUCGUAGUUACGCAUUAUUGGUUAGUUUGAUUGAUAUUCUAACACUAGAUAUUUCUGGCUUUAAAGUACUUAACAUGUAACUACUAAUAUACAUUCAGCCAUAGUGAUAUUUUUGUGAGAAUAGACUGAUAUAGAGUUAUCGAUUUGUUGUUGAAUUAUAAUCGGUUAUCAGUUUUUUCAGAUGUGAUUUAUUUUAAGGUGAUGCCUGCGACUGAGAGAGAAAUGAAUAACAUAAAAUAUGAUUACGAUAUAUUUAUUCAUGUUAGAUAUUAGAAAUCGUAGGAGUAACGUGUCCGGAGAAGAUUAGUAAACAGUAGCGAACCACAUAUUAGCGAGUUAGAGAUAAGUUAGAAAAGAAACCUUAUACCUUCGAAGUUUUAAACAAUGAUUUUCUCGUUUUUCUUCUUGCUUCUUGUUCCAUAAAAUGUAAGUAAUUAGUUCACCGCUUAAACCAUAUUAUUGUCGAAUAAGUUUUGUUUGUAAUUGUAAGACACACCUCACUUGAACAUUACACGUUGAUAUUAUUUACCCAUUUCCAAAGUACUUGACGUAACAUUCCAAGAUGUCCAAAAUUGAAGAGACAAAAAAAAACAAACAC